GUCGAGCUUGAGUAGUUUGUCAGACGAAUAAGGGAGUGUUGUGAAUGAAAUUUUCCUCAAUUUUCUCGUCCAAGGAGGGAAAUAACCGGUUAUUUUCCCGCUUUUAGUUUGUAUCUUUCCAAACGGAGGACAUUUUCGGCAGAAGAAAUCAUAUUCAUCGAGUACUUUGACGAAAUCUUACUGACUUGGGCACUAAGUUGGACGCCAUGUCUUGGGUGAAGCAAAAAGAGUCUGUGGAUCUCGAUCAGUUCCAAAACAUCGAUGAGGAUUCUUUAGUGGAAGCUCUGUCUCCAGAGGAGUUGGCAGACCUCAAUGCAGCUAUUGAUCCCGAGAAUGCCCUUCUCCCAGUUCAUGAGCGGCAAGAAAACCAGACAGAAAAGGAUAACACUGGACCAUUUGAUCGACAACAUCUGUUGGAACACCUGGAGGAACAGGCUAAGAAUCUGAAAGAACGUUCAGAUUAUGUUCCAUACAAGAAAGAAACGCGUGGCAAAGUUUGGCGGCCAAAGGAGCAGCCAGGGAAAAAAGAUCCAACUCCACUGCUCCCUGAUGAUCUCAGUGAGGUUUUAGAUAAUGCAACUGAUGAGGAAAUGAUGGAACUUGCAGCAAUACUUGGUGUGCAUGGCAUGUUAACCCAAACUCAGAGUCACUUUGCAGAAAAGAUGGAAGCUGGGAAAGCUUUAAGAGGCAGUGGCUUAAAGAAAUACAAACCUGGUGUUGUAAAGGCAACUAAGAUAAAAAAGCCUGACCUCACAGCUGUAAAUGAGUUGGACCUUGGGAAAGCAAUGGAACAAUUCAAAAGAAAUGAUGCAAAAUUGACAAAUCUAAACUUGAACAAUCAUAGAGAUGUCACUACAGAGAUUCUUGAAGAUGUUGCUAAGGCACUGAAAAGUAAUACCAAUCUUAAACAUCUUCAGUUAGCCAACACACAGAUGACAGACAAGACUGCCAAGAUGUUUGCAGAGGCAUUAAGUAAAAACAAGACCUUAGAGAGCAUCAACCUGGAGUCUAACUUCCUGACUGGAGAUGGAAUCAUGGCAAUCAUGAAAGUUCUAGAAACCAAUACUAACUUGACAGCACUGAGGCUAUCCAAUCAGUCUGCCAUUAUUGGUAGUCAAGUUGAACAAAAAAUUGUCACCUCUUUGGAAAAGAACAGAACACUGCUUGUUUUUGGUAUGAGUUUUGACACACAAGGACCAAGAAUCAGAGCAGCAGAGUUGAUGGUCCGAAACAAUGAUUCAAUUCGACUGGACAGGGUAGAGAAUGGUGAUGUGAAUGGAGAAGAAGAUGAUGCUAUUGAGGAAGAAGACGAAGACGAAGAAGAGGAGGACGAGGAGGAAGAAGACGAUGAAGAGUAAAACUUCAAAUAUUGUCAUUCUCAUUCUUUAAUUAACUUCUGUGAUGAAGGUUCACUCUAUCUGCGAAUAAAUCUGUAUGGAAACAGAAGUGACUUAAAAAAUUAUCCAGGUAAUCUCCCUGGUGAGCUUGUGCCAAUAGUGUCAAGACAGAACUUGUGUAAUGUUCUUCAGCUUGUAUUCUUUAAUUCAAAGUUGUAGCCAGUGUUGAUAAUUAGGUAGCUACCCCUAUAAUGAUAUGCAGAUACUGCUUUCUUGUUAGUAUUAUAAAGGGACUAACUUAGUAUCAAUCCAUCAUGCUAAGGGUGAGUUAGAGACUCAUUCUUGGAAGUGAAUUUAAUAAUUUGUGCGGAAUAUUAUUAGGUAGAACUCAAGUAUCGAGAAUCUUUGAUUUUCUUGUGGCUUCCUUGUAGGUUAAAGUUAGUUGUUGUAAUUUUUCAUAACGCUGAGUACGUUUGAGUGGACGGAGCAGUAUAAAGGUGUAAAAAAAAAAUUUAACUUUACACCUUCUGGUCGCUUAACUUGCGUUUCAUUUGAAGGAGCUUCAAAAACUUUCCCAAGGUGGCGGUCAGGCUGGAAUCAGAUUCAAUCUUCUCUAUCUCUCACCACUGGUUUUACUUUUUAGUAAAACUACUUUUGUUUUGGUGUUUUUCCAUCUCCAAACUAUAUAUUUUGUGGCUUCCCUCACUUUGAAAGUAAUUAAUUUGGCGUAUUUUAUGAAAGAGACUGAAUCUCAUACUGCUGUGGGCUUGUUUCCUGUCAAGUCAAAUAAAAAGUUUUCGUGAGGUAUUCAUCUUCUCUUCGUUCCAUCUCAGGAGUUGUUUAUAAUGGGGGUGUUUUUUUCGUUUGUUGAAAUACUAGCAUCGACUUUACACUUAGCUUGUAUUUCCUGGCUCGCGUAAAUUCCCUUUUAUGUGAAGUCUUAAAAUGUUUUGUAACACCAAGACCGGCAACGUCUUGCAGUUGCUCUUUCUUCAUUUUCAUUGGUUGUCCUGGGAAGUUUCGUUUUCAUCGUAAGUCAUAAUUCUGCCAGAGGCUUCUCGUUACUUGAUUUCUUUGCACAACAGUGCGCAAUUUUAUUCUGGUUUUUUUUUUUUUGUUUUUGGUCAUUGUCUUUUUCAGCCAUUUACAAAUUGCUGCUUUUGUAAUAUCGUAAAAGUAAUUUGAUCCUCAUCCAUUUUUAGGCAAUUUUGAACACAAGUGUGCUGUAUCUCAGCGAUUGUGAUUUCACGGCUGCGAAGGUCAUGUCCUCUUAAUUUGUGUGUAAAUUAGUUUAUUUGGUUCAAAAAUACAUCUGACGUAUGUGUUCAUUUAUUCUUACAACAUGGAUUUACGUUUUGCGUUAAGCUUGCGUUUUAGCGCGGAAAGAUUUCAAUUUGAAUUUGAACACCUUCCAUUCAUAACAGUAACUCGCGAAGGAAAUGACUCAUUUUCUAAUCCUGGCUGACCUUGGGCAAAGUUUUUAACUAACUUUUCUCAAGUGGUUUCUUUUUUUUUCCGAGAGAAAGUUGAAUAUUUACAGGCGGUGGCUAGCGCUAGUUUUAAAUUAACUCUAAUCUGUCGAAAAUAAAGGUAUUGAAAACUGA